AUGGAAGAUAGAUACGGUAGGCCAUUGUCACCUCCACCAGCACUUCCGUCGUCACCGGAUAUCAUGAUGCUGUUGGACGGUGGUGAGUUGGAUGAGGAUCAAGUGAUGAGCGAGGUUCACUUGGGUUGUUCGCCUAAUCACUCUAGGCUCCCAUCUCUCAUUUUACCAUCACUCUUCCGCUUCGUAGUGAAAUGUAAAUCUUCUUCUCUCUCUGGUUCCUUGAUUCCAGGUAGUGAAAUUAACCCAAAGUUCUUCCGGGAGGUAACCAGCGAUAUUAACACAGUUGAGGUCAAUGCCAGCGACUAUAAGGAGUGGUUGUCGAGCGCCAAAGCACAGAAGUCCCCCUACCUUGAUGAUAGUUAG